AUGGCCGAGAACUGGUUCGUCUGCACCUACUUCGGCCAGUAUGCCCUGCGCGACAACGCCGCCAAGACCAUCAAGGGCUACCAGAUUUUCGUGGCCGACCUGUACGAGAGCGACGAGGCCAACGACCGCGGCCCGCUCGGCGACGCCGACACCUUCUCGUCGAUCGACCCCAUCGACGACCCCACAGGCGGCGUCGCCCGCCCCUCGGUCGUGGCCCAGUCCUACGUCCUCAGCGCGCCCAUUUCGGCUCUGCAGGUCACCCAAACCCGGCAGGGCAUCACCUCGCGGCACGUGCUGGCCUACCUCCCGGAGUCCCACGGCAUCGUCGGCAUCCCCCGCGCCAUCAUCGAGCCCCGCCGCCCCGUCGGCCGCGACCCCACCCCCGCCGAGGCCGAGGAGGGCCUGUUCAAGUACCACCCCGCCAUCGAGGUCGAUCCCAAGAGCGUCAUCACUCACGAGCGCGAUGUGUUGGGCGUCGAGAAGAUCAUCACCGCGCCGGCUAUUGUGGAGAGCACAAGUCUGGUGUUUGCGUAUGGUAUUGAUGUGUUUGGCACGAGGGUCGCGCCCAGCUUCUUGUUCGAUAUCCUCGGCAAGGGCUUCAACAAGGUGGCUUUGGUGGGGACGGUGCUGGCGCUUUUGGCGGGUGUGCUUAUGCUUGCUCCGGUGGUGAGGAGGAAACAGAUUAAUUUGAGGUGGCAGGCGCCGAUGUAG